UCCGCCGAGAGCACGACCAUUUCUUCGCAGCAGUUUUUUCAAUGAACCAUUUCUAUCUACAAGCAACAAUGAUCCAGAGAGCUUCCACUGUGCGAUAGCGCCUAUUCUAGCAUUGGCUCAAUUAUUCGGAAUUUUACCGGUCUUAGAAGUACGCAAGCCAACCCCGUUGAUGCUGAAAUUUGCGAAAUUUUCAUUUCGCACUGCCUACGCUGCUUUCAUAACCAUGAUGGUACUUAUUAUGGCCAUAUUGUCGAUUAUUCACAUGAUAAGAACGUUAAACUCCUCAACUUUCGAAGUGCAAGGAGGAAUAGCGUCUGCAACAGCAGGUGCAGUAUUUUAUGGAAACAGCGUUCUGGGCUUAAUCAUAUUUUUCUGGCUAUCGCCGCGUUGGGUGAUGCUUCAACGUGAUUGGAGAGUUAUGGAACAGUUUAUAGACAGUAAUAAAAUAGACCGACCAAUACUUCGUUGGAAACUCUACUUAAUGACCGCUUUAAUUUUGCUCUUGGCAAUUGUUGAACAUAUCUUGAGUAUAGCGGUGCACAGCACAAAUUAUGACUGGAAAGGUUCAGAAAAUUCGACGUUGCAGAAUUUUCUGCAAAUAUACUGCGAGUCUUCUCAUGCAUUUAUCUUCGAAACACUGAAAUAUAACUUCGUGCUCGGUAUCUUCAUUUUUAUUGUUAGCAAACUAGCGACUUUCACGUGGAAUUUCACAGACGUUUUCAUCAUAUUGGUUGCUAUCGGUUUAGCCGAAAGAUACAAAAAGUUGAACAAACAAGUAAUAACUUCUGCUUCGAAGCAUCGAACAACAAUAGAUUGGUGUGGAAUUCGCGAAGAUUAUGCUGCUCUUAGUUGCAUGGUGAAAAAGGUGGAUAAUGACAUAUCACCCGUAAUUCUUCUGUCAUUCACAAACAAUCUUUACUUUAUCUGUUUGCAGUUAUUAAACGGAUUGUCUCAACCGGACAACAAUAGCAUUAUCAGCGAUAUUUAUUUUUUUGGCUCCUUCAUGUUCCUGAUUGGUAGGACGGUAACCGUCACUCUGCUCACUGCUAGAAUCAACGAUCAAAGUAAAAUGGUAUUGCCAGUUUUGUAUACGUGUUCAGCUACCACCUAUAAUGUAGAGACAGAAAGGCUGAUAUAUCUACUCACCACUGACGAUAUCGCACUUACGGGAAUGCGUUUCUUUUCUAUUACGCGGAAUUUUAUGUUAGCGGUGGCUGGUGCAAUCGUAACGUAUGAAGUCGUGUUGCUGCAAUUCAACGUCGCGAUAAAACAAUGAGUACGCAACAGUGUAACAAUGUAACAUUGUCAAAACAAAAUAUUAUACUAGAAUAUAAGAGAACAUAAGCAUUCAUAUUUAUUGAAUUAAAAUCAUCACAUACA